AUGACCUCGAGGCUGCUGUCCUCGCGGCUGGCCUCGUCAGCUACCAGGACUACGAUUGCUCGACCUUCCUCCCAAAAUGUAGCGACGAUUUAUGCGAGCGGCGCCCUCGCUGCCGAACGGUCGAUAUCACACGCUGCUCUAGCACGAUCUGGAGGCGUCCUGAGAGGAUGGCGACAACGGAAGCCAUGGCCUCUUCUCGUCAACACCAUCCACAACCUGCCCGCCGUUCGCCAUGCUUCUUUCGCCCGAGCCAUCCCCAAGCUGGCCAUGAAGCUCGCCAGGAUACCUGCAAUGUUUGGCGCCGCUAUGAUUGGGGGCAUGGCAUAUCUACAAUACCAGGCUGCCCAAGGAUGGACAUAUGCGACAGACGUAUUUGGCAAGGCAAAAGACACCGCCAGCACUGCUGCUAACGGCUUUCUGGAAGGCGUAGGCGAUGUGUUUUCACAGAUGGGCAAGGGCUACGAUAAGACGAAAGAAGACGUGAAAGGCGUUCAGAUGCCACAGUGGAUGAGAGACAUCUACGAAGGCAGGACAGGCAAAGAGGAGGGCGGGGAAGGGGGCGGUGGUGGUCCUAACGAGCCAAAGGAGAGCGGCACAGGAGCUGCAGUUGCAGGUGCCGGCGCUGCAACAGCUGGAGCUUUCGCUCUGGAUGCAGACGGCGAAGAGGACAAUCGAUCAGUGGACGAUGCUGCUCGCGACGAUCAAAUGAUGAUGCUCACUCGCAAAAUGAUCGAGAUUCGCUCAUUACUGCAGACGAUCGGCCAGUCAGAAACACUGACCUUGCCAUCGAUUGUAGUCAUCGGUUCCCAGUCCUCAGGCAAAAGUUCCGUGUUGGAAGCCAUUGUAGGCCAUGAGUUCUUACCAAAAGGCUCGAACAUGGUCACCAGACGACCGAUCGAGCUCACUCUGGUGAACACUCCGAAAGCACAUGCUGAAUACGGCGAGUUUCCGGCACUUGGGCUUGGGCGGAUCACGGACUUCAGUCACAUCCAGAAGACUCUGACAGACCUCAAUCUGGCAGUUCCAGAGAAGGAUUGCGUUUCAGACGAUCCAAUUCAGUUGCGAAUAUAUUCCCCUAAUGUGCCCGAUCUGUCGCUCAUCGAUCUGCCGGGAUACAUCCAAGUGGAGGCAUUCGACCAGCCAACAGAGCUGAAGACGAAGAUUCAGGAGCUAUGCGACAAGUACAUCCAACCACCGAAUGUCAUCCUCGCCAUCUCUGCGGCCGAUGUUGAUCUGGCCAAUUCAACAGCCCUGCGAGCUUCACGGAGGGUUGAUCCUCGAGGGGAGCGAACGAUCGGUGUAGUCACGAAGAUGGACCUGGUUGAUCCUGUUCGAGGAGCCCAGAUUCUUUCAGACAAGAAUUAUCCUCUGCGGCUGGGCUAUGUUGGUGUAGUCUGCAAGAUCCAACAAGAGUCGAAGUCACUUUUCUCAAGAGGCUCUGCAAACAUCACCAAUUUGAUCACGAAGAAUGAGUCUGCAUACUUCAACGCGCAUCCGGAGAUUUUUGGCGAGGACUCAAAAGCCAAUGUCACGGUUGGCACGCCAGCUUUGCGCAAGAAACUCAUGCAUGUGCUAGAGUCCACCAUGUCGGCGUCGCUGAAGACCACAAGCGAGGCUAUACACCACGAGCUGGCCGAAGCAUCUUAUGAGUUCAAAGUCCAGUACAACGAGCGACCUUUGAGCGCCGAGAGCUACCUGGCAGAGUCCCUCGACACCUUCAAGCAUGGUUUCAAGAAAGUGCAAGAAGCAUUUGGCAGGACCGAAGUUAGAGAGAUCGUUAAGCACGAGCUCGACCAACAGGUUCUGAAUUUACUGGCGCAGAAGUACUGGAACAGGCCAAUUGAGGAUCUCAGACCUCAAGACCCACACGUUGAAGCUGUACAGGAACCUCUUGAAAGCCUGCCAAAGGCAGAUCCAGAAAAUUCACUGUGGCACCUAAAGCUCGAUGCUUCGACCUCUACCCUGACAAAGCUUGGUAUUGGCAGACUAGCGACGUCCGUCACUGCACAGGCGCUACAAUCCGCAGUGGAGGAUCUGAUCAAGUCCACCCCUUUCGCAUCGCACCCAUUCGCUGUUAGCGCAAUCACCCAGGCGUCAGAGAACAUAUUACGAGACCUCAGCUUUGACACUAGUGAUGAGCUGGAGAUCUGUGUCAAGCCGUACAAAUACCGCGUCGAGGUCACCGAUCAAGAAUGGAAGCAAGGCCGCGAGAACAUCGGCCGCGUGCUCAAAGAUGAACUGAAAGACUGCGAGAACGCUUUCAAGUACGUCGAAGAGCAGAUCGGUGGACGACGAAAAGCUAAGGACGUCUUGAACUUCAUCGAUCGUGUGCGCAAGGGUGAUAUUGUCCUCGAGGGCACUGGAGUCGGCGGCGCCGGCGGCUUCAGCUCAGCUCUGCUGGAGAAAGGCAAGGAAGCUCUCUUCCUCCGCGAUCGAGCUGACAUCCUGAGGAUGCGUCUCGCUGCUGUCAAAAGCAAGCAAUGUGCCGUGCCAAAGAACAAGUACUACUGCCCAGAAGUCUUCCUAGACGCAGUCGCGGACAAGCUCACCUCCACAGCGGACUUAUUCCUGGAUGCAGAGCUACUGAGCAAAUUCUACUACCAGUUCCCACGUGUUCUCGAGAAAUGGGGCCGUGAACUAGACGAAAGCAUGAUUGAGCGAUUCGCAAGAGAAGAUCCCAAGAUCCGACGACAUCUGGACGUCGUCAAGAGGAAGGAGCUGCUGGAGCAUGUGCUCAAGGAGAUGGAGAGCUUGCGCCAGCUGGAAGCGAGAGAGAAGAGGAACUCCUCGAGAGGCACACAGACCGACGAAGGAGGCAAGAGAAGAAGAGGAUGGGGAAUUUUCUAG